UGCUGCCGAGGUUGUUCUCUCUUACAUCUUCCCAGGCACUAUUCGCGUUCCCCAAAGUCGCUGCUGCCACCGGCACUACGACCACCGCAGCCAUGAUCUCCUUAACGGAUACGCAGAAAAUUGGAAUGGGAUUAACAGGAUUUGGCGUAUUUUUCCUAUUUUUUGGAAUGAUUCUCUUUUUCGACAAAGCACUACUGGCUAUUGGAAAUGUAUUAUUUGUGGCUGGAUUGGCUUUUGUAAUUGGUUUGGAAAGAACAUUUAGAUUCUUCUUCCAGAAACACAAAGUUAAAGCUACAGGGUUUUUCCUGGGUGGUGUAUUUGUAGUUCUUGUUGGUUGGCCUUUGAUAGGCAUGAUCCUUGAAAUUUAUGGAUUCUUUCUUCUAUUCAGGGGAUUCUUUCCUGUGGUGGUUGGCUUUAUUAGAAGAGUGCCAGUCCUUGGAUCCCUCUUGAAUUUACCAGGAAUAAGAUCACUUGUAGAUAAAGUUGGAGAAAGCAACAAUAUGGUAUAACAGCAAGUGGACUAAAGAUUACGUUAAAAUUGCAUUAUUUACAAAAGCCCCUUUGAAGAAUAUUCAGCACAAAAUUAAAUUACACAAAAUGGCUUAUAACACCUUUUACAUAAGUUUAUAACUUGUAAUCUAUGAAGUACCUACAGUGAUUAGCAAUGAAGCAAUGAAAAGGUGCUUGAUUCCAAGACAAGUGACUAAGAAUUCAGCAAGUGAACUGAAAAAGGGGAAUGCCAUGUUACAAUCUAUGUUGAAACUGUUGAGAGCUAUUUUUAUUGUUGUUGUUUUUUUCACAAUGUGCUAAAUACAGCCAUCCCUAUAGAACUGUGGUGCCUGAUCUCUGCUCCUUAUUUUAAAGGUGCAGGAGAACUACCAGGCAUUUGGUUUUUUAAGAAGUGCUCAUUGCAAUGGCAAAAACAUUUCCUGUUGUUUAACAAGAAUUGUAGCUCCAAAAGUGAUGCAUGAGUUAGGUUGGAUUAUGUCAUUUUAAUGUAUUAAAAACAAAGGAAAAUCCAAACAACUUUGUUGUAUGAAUCAAACUCUUUUGUUGUUUGUAAAUACAUAGUUUAAAUAAAACUUUUGCUGUUCUUAGGAAACAAAGCCAGACGUAAAUGCUAACUGGAUUUACCUUCUGUGCUAGAAUAUGCAAAGGUCACUGAUUUUUUAACUUGGAUCCUAAAUUAUAGGUGACUAAAGCUUUCUUUAGUCAGUAGAGUACUUUGGAUAUACUACACUCCACGCCUUGGGGGAUUUCCUCUCCAAGAUACAUGCAUGUAUAAUUACAUGUGAGCAGAAAAAGACAUACCCUUUGUCCACUAAGUAACCUGUCACAUAUCUUGUCUCAUGGGAUAGUCUUUUAUUUAAGAUACUACAUGAUGCUAACUCAUAUUUUUCUUAUUCAAAAUAUAGUUUGUUUUGGAAGUUUGAAAGGGCUGUCUAGCAUGAUGGUAGUUUCCUUAGGGAGACAGAAAACCCUACAAGCUUCAGAUCUUAUUUUGCUAUUGUUCAUAAAAGUAAAACUCCCUAAAUAGUUGACUGUUGUUUACCUUGAGACAUGUGAAGUGUUGAAAAAUGGAAACUUCUGAUUGUAUCUUAAAGGGCUAUUCAUAUAAACUGAAAUGUUUUUUCUUAUUUAAACAUGUCUUGUGUUUGAUAUGAAGAUUUUCCUCAAA